AUGAUGCGACUGGACGCUCUCGUUGAAGGCGAAACAACGGUAGUUGAGAGAUGAAGAAGCCGCGAGAGAAAUGAACAGAAGCAACGGCUUUUCAAUUCAAAACCCAAGGAAUACACCAAAUGGGUAACAGUUUAGGAGGGAACAAAACCACAAAGGUGAUGAAAAUUGAUGGAGAGACAAUGAAGCUGAAGACCCCAGUGAAAGCUGGGGAUGUGUUGAAGAAUCAUCCAGGUCUUGUUUUGCUUGAUUCCGAGGCAGUGAAGCAUUAUGGUGUUAGAGCAAAGCCUUUGGAAGCACACAAGGAUUUAGAGCCGAAGAGGCUAUAUUUUCUUGUGGAGCCUCCUAAAGGAACAGCUCCUCCGAGGAGAGUCCGUUCUGGGAUCAACAUGAGUGCCAGAGAUCGCCUUGAGAACUUAAUGCUGGCUAGGAGGUCUGCUUCUGACCUUUCCAUCAUGAAGCAGAAUAGUGAUCCUAUUGGCAAAGAGGGGUCUGAGAAUGGUAAGGUGAAGCUCAAGUUGAAACUUCCAAAGGCAGAGGUGGAGAAGUUGAUUAGAGAAAGCAAAGAUGAGGCUGAAGCAGCACAGAAGAUUAUGGGUCUGUACGUGGCUGCCGCCUCAGCCUCAGCCGCCACCACCACCUCCACCACGAACACCAGCAGCAGCAGCAGCGGUAGAGACAGUGAGAAUGAAAGUGCGGAAAGUGGGGAGCUGAUAGAGCAGAACGUGCAUUUGAAAGUUGGUAGAAGCAGAGUUAGAGAGAGUAACAAGCCACGUGAAAAAUUGCAGAAAAGGGUCAGUUUUAUGCCAAUCACUCAUCAAGGAGGAAGAGAAAUGGUGGUGGCUUCAUAGUGGGACUUCUCAGUUCAUACGCAACCUGAAAGGAGAUUUUCUGAUGCUUAGUUAAAAUAAAGACUGAGUAAUGCUAUUUGUGCCUGUUCUUCUCAUACUUUAUGGAUGUGUACCAAAAGUUUCCGUUUGGACCAGUUUGUACUCUUGAUGAGAUAUACAAAACUUACAGAUGUAAGUAAUUGGAAGCCUAGGUAUCAUGUGUAUAUAUAUGGCAUUACUCACUAUAUGUAAUAUAAUGAGUAUAUUUUGGAGUUAAUUUAUAAGCUCUGUGAAACCAAUUCAGUGAGAGAGGCAGAAGAUGAUGGGGGAGGAUAGGUUAGCUGUUGAUCUUUGUACUUCUGUAAGUCUCUCUUUAAUGAAUGGAUUUCAGUUGUCAUUCAAAAAA